AUGAACGAGCUCAACACGGAGCUCGCGGUUCUCUGGUUCCUCACGGGCACAGGAGUUGCCAUCAUGCUCCUGCGCCUGGCCCUCCGGAAGUACCAACAACAGGGACUUGUGGCCGGUGACUACCUCACAAUGGCGGCCAUCGUCACCAUCCUGCUACGCGGGUCGGUCAUUCAUGUUGCGAUGGUUUGGGGCACGAACCAUAUCAGCGCAGCGGCGAGGAAGACGAUGGUCUUCACUCCGGAAGUUCUCUACCGGCGUAGGAUUGGGUCCGAACUUACCAUGAUCAAUCGUGCUUUGUAUACCAUAUACACCUGGCUCCAGAAAUCCGUCAUCAUGUGUGUUCUCCACCGCUUGCUCAGGGGCCUGAAGUCGGACAAGCUCACUCGCAUCUACUGGGCAGUUCUCGCGGUUACCUUCGUCGUUGCUUUUGUUAUGACAUUCGUUGAAUGCCACCCCUUCAAAGUCUACUUCCAAGUCGUUCCAGACCCCGGGACUUGCCCCCGUGGAGUUCUCCAGCUAGAGGUCUUCUCCGCUCUCAACAUGGCUACCGACGCCAUGCUCAUCGCGCUUCCGCUCCCAGCUCUCCUCAAGAUCAAACUACCAUUUAUGGAGCGUCUCCGUCUCGCCUGUCUAUUCCUCGUCGGCCUCUCGAUCAUCGCAGUGACCAUGACAAGGCUCCUAAUGAACCGCGUCUUCCUCCAUCGCAGCGGCCAGUCGCACAACGUCGCGAACGUUGAGAUAUUUUUUGAAGCCUUUGUCGCUAAUGCGCCAACGAUAUACGGCCUGCUGAAUGUAGAGCGAAAAAUCAAGGGUAUGUCCGGGGCACGAUAUCUGACAGGUUCAUACGCUAGGCCCCGGUCCGCAGGAGGGAGUAAAGUGGUGAAGACUCACGGCUUGGAUUCGGGCCAGUUCUCGUCAGGUCCCAUCCAGUCUAAAACCUGGGUUGGCAAAGGCCGGCAUGGCAACGAGAGCGACGAGGAGAUGAUGAUCGAGUUGGAAAGCACUCAGAAUGCAGAUAUCCACGUAAUAACGACGACGUCUGUGACGAGGUCGUAG